AUGCAGCGAUAUCAGCAUAACCCGGAACCACCUCCUCCCGUGCAGAAAGCGCAGGGUACGGGGAGCUUGGAGUACAAGUCGUUCUGCGAGCACAUCCGUUAUCAUCACACCAGUUCGUUAGACGCAAAGAAGGUCGCCAUCAUGGCGAUCCUGCAGCGCGCCGAGCCGUGCCUGGUGUCCCUGCUCGCUCUGUUCCUCGUCCUCGUCCUCUCACAGACUGCCACGUGUACUGCUCAGGAGGAUGGAUCCGAUCCCGAUGCGCUCACGACCCUCAGAUUCGGUCGGCGCAAGACACUCGUGAUGCCGGGUCUGCCCCCCGUAUCCAUGGGGCUGCUGCUACCGCUCACCCCCAACAUGUGGGCGUCCAUCCGCCGCCGCAACCCCAACUUCCGCCACGCCAGCGUCGGGUUUGUCCCCCCUGCCGCCAGCAACGGCAGCAACGCCAGCAAUGGCAGCAGCGAGGGCGCGGCGCCGCGGUGGACUUACCUUGACCGCGUUGACUGGCAGCAGAGGCGCAUGGUUCGACCUGUGCAGAACCAGGCCUCCUGUGCGGCAUGUUGGGCGAUGGCGGCAGUAGCAGCGGUCGAAUCCCUCUAUGCCAUCGUCACCAACUCACCUCCCCCAGCCAUCUCCACCCAACGCCUCCUCGAGUGCGCCCCCAACACCCCCCGCAACCCCGCUGUGGCCGGAGCUGCGAGCGGGAGCAACGACACGGGAGGGGGGGGAGCGUGGCAGGAUGGGUGCGAGGGGGGGUGGUCCGCAGAGGCACUUGACUUCAUGGCGUUUACUUCCCUCCCCUCUGCUGCUGCCGUGCCGUUCAUUGGUGCGCGGGGCACCAAGAACGCCUCUCGCGGUUCCCUUUGCCUGCAGCAGCAGCAGCAGGCGCCGCCGCUGGUGUAUGCUGAUAACUCGGUGCCGUUCACGCGCCGUCCCCCUUAUAAGGGCCCCUUUAGCAUCACCAUGUUCGAGGAGACCGGGCUGGAGGGGUAUUUGGGGAUGAUCCUGGCGCUGCAGCGACAGCCCGUGGUGGCUGCACUGGAGGCGGACCAACCAUCCUUCAUUCAAUACGACGGGUCCUUUAUCUACUCGGACCCCUCGUGUUUCGUCAACGGCCUGGUGGACCACUCUGUACUCGUUAUAGGCUACGACCUCACCGACCCCACACCGCACUGGAUCCUUCUCAACACCUGGGGCUCCUGGUGGGGCCGCUGGGGGACCAUGCGGCUGGCCAUGGCGGGGGGGGACGGCAUAUGCGGAAUCCACUCCAUGCCCGCCCUCUAUCCAGUUAUCACCACCCCCGAUCCGUGCUUUCCCAUCAACCCCUGUGGCGGGGGGAAGUGCGCUGUGGAUGCGGGGACUGGGAGCAACACGUGCGAGUGCCCUGAGGGGUUCCGGGUCACGGUGAACAUCGACGGUUCACAGUCAUGUGCUCUGGCACGGCGCUGUGGGUUCUCCAUGGUGAAUCCGUGUGACACGGGCACGUGCAUCGACAGCACCACCAGCCCCGGCGGCUACACCUGUGCGUGCCCACCGCCCACGCAGCGUGUCAACAACACCGACGCCACACAGACGUGCGCCGUGCCACCCCCACCGCCUCCUGUCAACUACUGGGACACCCCCGGCGCUGGCGGCGGUGGUGGCGGCAGCGGCAGCGGCAGCGGCAGUGGGAGCGGCAGUGGCAGCAGUGGCAGUGGCGGCAAUGCUGGGGUGUGGAGAGUGAGAGUGGUGGAGGGUAUGACGUGUGGCAUGCUGGCACUCACCUUCCGCAUCACAGUGGAGCAACUCCUGCAGACCAAUUCCGGCAUGGACUGCAGCAAGCUGCAGGUGGGGGCGACCGUCACUGUCAACACCACAGCAGCAGCCACCGUCUGCUCGCUCUCCUAUGCUGCCUCCCUGGGGGACACGUGCGCUUCGAUAGUGGAUCUCUUCAAUACAAGCACAUCCGCUCUCCUCGCUCUCAACCCCCAGCUCGACUGCACCGUGCCAUUCUCCUCCAGCCAAUCGAUUUGUGUGGCAGCAGCAUCAACGCCUCUCCCGCGCCGCUGUGCACGCUGGUACACGCCCCAGCCGGACGACACGUGCCCCUCCAUCAUGCGAUCCGUCGCCUCGCCUCCCCUCCCGCCCACACACUUCAUCGCACUCAACCCCGGCCUCUCCUGCUCGCUGCUCGGGCAAUCCAAUGCUACUGUGGGCGCUGGGGUCCAGGUCUGUGUGAAGGCGGCUCCCAAUUGGACGGGAGCGAGUAACUGUGUGACAGAUGAUUUUUACUAUGCCACACGAGGCGAUUCAUGCGGCCGCAUAUUGGCGUUAUAUUUCCGCAGCAGCGCAAGGCUUAUGGCGCAAUACAAUUACGGCGUGCGCGUCAUCAGUCACAUCCGCUUUCGCUCAUCCUCAAUAGUCUUGCCGUCCCCUCCGUGCAUGGCCCUCAAGCAAAACAACACCGUUGCGCCAGCUUCCCACAACACCCGCUCGAGCCAAAUCCGCCGGAUUAAGUCCUCCUCGUUCCGUCGCGAGGCCGCGCGCACCUUCGAUACCAUAGACCUCGACAAGGACGGCAAAAUCUCCGCCCACGAGCUCGCUACCCUCCUAGCACGCCUGGAUAAUUCUCCUGCUGACUCAAAGCCUGGUCGGCGCGGUGGUCGUCGCGGUAGUUUGUGCGAGGCGGGAGGUGAUCUGAUUAAUUUCGCGGAGGAUGUGAUUCGCGAGGCUGACGUGGACGGUGACGGGAUGAUCGAUUUCGAGGAGUUUUUGCUCUCUGCGCGCGCAGGGCCGUCCCUAUUGGACGAAUGUUCCGUCUCUGUUCCAUCUUCUGACGAGGAGGAUGAAUCGGACAGUGGGAGUGAUUCGGAAAAAGACAAGAGGGAAGAGGAUCUGUUUCGCGCGUUUGAAAUUUUCGACCUGGACGGCAACGGUGUAAUUUGCCCCGAAGAGCUGCGAUACGUGGUUGGUGUCCUUAACGGGGAUGAUUUGACGACGGAAGAGUGUGAACGGAUGAUAAAGCGGGUGGACAGUAACGGGGAUGGGUACGUGGAUUACGACGAAUUCAAGACAAUGAUGGCUGGAAUUUUCGAUUGA